AUGAACUCCAGCAGCUCCAUCCGAAACACUCACAGCAGCGACAAGGCCCUCCACGAAAACCAUCCAGCACCCAACAGCACCGGCCUCCCCAUCUUCUACAACUGUGGCAGCGACGGCGAAGGCAGUGGCAGUUGUGGUGCUGGUGGCAGCAGCGGAGAAGAAGACGAUUACGGCGAUAAGGUCGUCCAACGCCAACCAAGACGACAGCGAACCCCACCACCACCUCUAAAGACUAUCAUCGACAAGAAUGCCAACAAUACCUACCGACAGACCCAUCUUCUGGGCGAAGGUUCAUUCGGACAUGUCCAUGUAGCUGUCGACGAGAAGGGUGAAAAGGUCGCUCUGAAAACCUUCAAAAUAUUUGACAUCAAGAAUUCGGAUGUCGAGCAAGAGCGGCGAGCAUGCAUGACGAUCCGCGACCAACAGCCUCACCACCCCAAUGUCGUCGCCCCCAUCAGCUUUUUCAAGGACGGAAUGAUUCCCUGUUUGACGAUGGAACUGUGCUCCAACAAGACUAUCGACACCUUGUUGGAUGCCAGGAGAACUCUUCGGGAACAUGAAGUCCGGUAUUUCGGACAGCAGCUGGUGGCCGGUGUGGCCCAUUUACACAGUCUGAACUUAGUCCACUGUGACCUGAAGCCACUCAAUCUGUUCUUGACAGACGAGUUGGUGUUGAAGGUCGGUGACUUUGGUCAGACGCAAGAUCUGGAUGAGCUUGAGGGCUUAUGGGAUGUGGUCGGCACUCCGGGUUUCCAGGCCCCCGAGGUUCUCAGGAAAGAGAGGCACACCGACGCUCUCGAUGUGUUCGCCAUCGGAGCCAUCCUCUUCAGGAUGUUACUCGGUGUGACCUACAAGCUUCCUAGCAAGACCGCGGCUGGUGCGAUGAAGCCUGUCAAGAUUAACGGCAGCGUGAGUCCCCAUGCCAAGGACUUGCUCCAGAGAACUCUCGAGAGCAACCCUGGGAGCCGCAUCACGAUGGCCGAUCUGCUCACCCACCCCUUCCUGACCGACGGGCCUGUGCCGCAGAGUGUCUCCUGGGACAUUCUGCGCACAGCUGCUCCGCUUCCAACCGAGGACGACGCAUCAGAACCUGAUGGCGCUUAUCAGGUUGAGAUUAUCAAUUCGCAGGAAGAGGAGGGUGCCAAGACGCUGGAGGAGCAGACCGGAUCCCAGGUUGGCGAUUCCCCCAAGGAGGAGGAGAAGGAGAAGGACGAGGAAGAUGAGGAAGAGGAGGAAAAGGAGGAAAAGGAGGAGGCCACCCAGACCUUGGAGGUGGCCGAACCCUCGGAGCCAGUCGUCGACCCUGACGACAUUGACCUCGACGACAUCUUUGAACAGGUCGAGGAGGCAAAGAAGGCCAAGAGAGCCAAGAAGGUCUUGGAGGACGACUCGGACGGUGACGACGAGGCGGAGGAAAAAGCUAAGGGUCGCAAGAAGGCCAAGGUCAUCCAAAGGGAGCGGUGA